UGCUGGUUUUUAUCUCUAUGAAAACAGGGAGAUAAAAGCCGGCACGUCUCCUAGUAAAGCACAAGACAGUACAUAGUUAAAUCACAACACAGUACACUAUGUCAGUCCCUUCCUGCCCAGUGUCAUUAGUACAGUGCCAGGGCGGACUGAAAAUUCAUGGACCCCCAGGCAAUAGGGGAUCAUGGGGCCCCCGUGUCCUUGCUCAAACUCAAAAAAGCCUAUGAGAAAGGUACCAGGGGCAUUUCAUGGGACCCCCUACUGACCCCGAGCUCUCGGGCAGUGCCCAAGUUUCCAAAUGGUCAGUCUGCCACCCGGUCAGACCUCAUUUUU